AUGGCCGACAUGGAGGACUACCUCGAAGAAGGGUUUGACCCACGUUCGGUCACUAUUCCGCGUCUGCGAUCGAUUCUUGUUACGCAUAAUGUUGAGUACCCCGCGACUGCCAAAAAGGCCCAGCUUGUCGAGCUGGUUGAAGAUCAUGUACUGGCUCAAGCGCCAAAGCUGCGGGCUCAGCGCGCCCGAGCUAAGAGAUCAAGCAUGGGAAUCGUGAAUGCCGGCAGUCCGGAAGAUAACGGCACCUGGGAUGACUACGAUCUCCCACCUCCGUCGACUACCAAGAGGCGUUCUAAGUCUCCUCGAAAGUCGUCGGCACGUGUUAAGGCUGAGGAUGAUGUCCUGGCGACUCCUGUGCCCAGGAGUCCUACCAAACGCAGCACACGGUCAGUAAGCCGUGCGCUUUCUCACGCUGACGACCACGAGAACGACGAUGCCCCUCGUUCCGUUCGCCAACCGAGGAGAACAGUUACGCCACAGAUUAAAGAUGAACCACAAGAAGAAGAGACAAUCCUGCCCGACCACGAAGAAAGCGUGUUCACUCACGACAACCCUUUUCAGAGUGGCAGUUCGCCUGCUCAACAUAAAACACCUACCAAUCGCCGCCGUACAACUGCCGGCGACUCCAUCAGAAGUGUAAAGUCAUCGUCCCGGCGCAGGACAGAUGGUUACAAUGACGAUUAUGAAGAUGAUGUUGAGCCUACUCCCAGAUACCGCGAGCCGACUCCGGACUUACUGGAACCUGGUGAGGAGUUCACCCCGAACGAGCAAUUAGAAUUGGAGCAAGCUGCAAGUCGGGGUGAAAUGGAGAUCGAGCCUCGCAAGCCUUCUCAACAGGUAUCUCGAAGAGGUGGUUUUAAGGCACCUCUCUUUGUCCUCUUGAUGUCUCUUGUUGGAGCCUACCUUGCGUGGUAUCGUCAAGAGAAAAUCGCGGUUGGCUAUUGCGAAGUCGGUGGUCAAGCAAAGCCACUUUUCUCACAAGACAUUCCUGUCCCAGACGCUCUUGUUCCUUUCAUUGAGCCUCAGUGCGAGCCUUGCCCUUCGCAUGCGUAUUGUUACCAUGACUUUUCGGUUCGUUGCGAGAAUGGAUUCAUUCUCAAGCCGCACCCAUUGUCUCUUGGUGGGCUAGUGCCACUUCCACCUACUUGUGAGCCGGAUGGCGAGAAAGCGCGCCGCGUUAAAGCUGUAGCUGAUAGAGCUAUUGAAGAACUCAGAGAUCGCCGAGCUCAGUAUGAGUGCGGAGAGCUUGUUGAUGAGGAUGGCAAGAAAGAGGAAUCUCCUGCGAUGGCUGAACACGAGCUUAAGGCGACCGUGAGCCGCAAGAGGUCCAAGAGACUCAACGAGGACGAGUUUGAUGAACUGUGGGCUGCCGCCAUUGGCGAGGUCGCCGCUAGAGAUGAGGUCGAGAUCAUUGAGACAGCACCAUCGUCCAAUUCCUCCGAUCUUUCAGACAGAUGGCUAUCGUCCUCGUCUCUCGCUCGCCUUCCGUACACCUGUGCGAUCAAACGAUCAAUCCGACUCGGCCUGGCAAGAUAUAAAUUCCCAGCUGGAUUUUUGAUCGCUCUAAUUCUCGUUAUUUUCUACUUGCGAGCCCGAUAUCGGAAGCACGUAGCUACAAGUGCUCAAAUUCCUGCUCUCGUCGACCUAGUACUGGGUAGACUUGCCAAUCAGAAGGAACUAGGUGAAGAAGGCAUCGAUGAUCCUUGGUUGUUUUUACCAAACUUGAGAGAUGACGUCCUCCGGGCUAUUCACUCGUUGUCUGAGCGAGAACGUAUCUGGCAGCGGGUUCGAGCUGUUGUAGAACAAAACAGCAAUGUUCGAACCAGUCAGCGCGAAGGAAGAAGCGGCGAAGUAGGUCGCGCUUGGGAGUGGAUUGGCCCUGUUGCUGGCAACGGAGCAAGGAGGCGACGGAGCGGCCGGGUAUCACUCGGUCCUAACUCUCAGUUAGAGUCGCCAGAGCCAACAAAGGCAACCCCUGAUGUGAAAAAGUGGGAGGAAUCGAGACCAAUCUACUAA